GACUAGAAGGUAUUGUCUUCAAAAACCCUUUUUUCCUCUUCACACCCCCCAAAACAUAUUUGCCCUCUUCCCUCCGUCUAUCUAUACAGAAACACAAUAGCGGGGGUAGAGAGAGAGAGGUUUUAGUUAUCAUCUUCGGGGGGAGAUAGAAAGCUGCUAAGUUAGAAUGGCUAAGCGUGAGCUUUCUUGCACAUUGAAGAACUUGAAGUUCAUGCAAAGAGCAGCUCAGAAGGAGGAAAAAUCUAAGAAGGAAGAAGAGGUCAAACCCAGUGGUCACUUUGUUUCGCCUGGUACACAGAACAGAAAAUGCAUAGUCAUAAUGGAGGGAAAUCCCCAUCCAGGGGCGCUGAAAGGCCGGAUGUCAUUUCAAAGUUUUAAUCCUUCUAUUGAUAAAUUAAAUGAAGCAGCAGCAAGUCUUUGUCAACCUACCACAAUUUCUGGUGAUCAAAAUGGAGGAACUUCUUACAGAGAAAAUGAAUUUUCAGUGACCAGAUCAGAGUCCUAUGGUGUAGCUAGACCAGAUAGUGAUUCUGAUGGAGACCAUAAAAGAAAACAGCUAGAUGUAGAGACUGAAACACAAUAUCCCGAUAAAUCACAAAGAAAUGCAAGUUCGCUAGGUGACAACAAAGGCUCUUAUAAGCAACAGAAGCGUGAAAAGCUGGACUGGAGUGUUCUAAGACCGCCAAAGGCUCAGACCAAGAGGGACUGAAAAUUAUUAGGUGCAUAUUUUCUCUGUUGUGUGUUUUGUUAUUCUAUGUACCUUCAUGUUCUUUUAUAUUUAAAUCCAUAGUUUAAAAUUGUAAGCAUGGUAUCUCAGUGCAUCUUGCAAUUUUUGUUAAUUCAUUUUGUUUCUUUAACUAGUCAUUUUAAAAUGUUCAGUUA